AUGCGAUGGCCUUGGUCACGCAACGACGAUGACCAACAGGAAAGCGGACUGCCUCAAUGGGCCCCUCCAGCGAAGUUGGACAAUUGGUCAAGCACGCUGUAUGAGCCACGGACUUUGAUUCCGGCGGUCGCUCUUACAGUCUCAACAGUUGCUGGUGUCCGGCUCUACAAGACUUAUUUGCGUCGCAUACCAACCGUCAAUCAUAUCAAACCACGCUACUACCGUCGGAAGGGUAUAUUUGGCCAGGUCACAAGUGUAGGAGAUGCAGACAAUUUCAGGCUGUUCCACACGCCAGGUGGGAGAAUAGCUGGGUGGGGUAUCCUGCCCUGGAAGAAAGUACCAUCGAAAAGAGAGGACUUGGUCAGGCAAACACUUCACAUCCGGAUUGCUGGAGUCGACGCACCAGAACUUGCACACUGGGGCCGAGAAGCUCAGCCGUUCGCGAAGGAGGCCCAUGGAUGGCUCAUCAAUUUGAUCCACACCCGCCGAGUACGCGCAUACAUAUACAGACGCGACCAGUACGAUCGUAUAGUAGCCCAAGUCUUUGUACGCAGAUGGUUCUUCAAGAAAGACGUGGGGCUGGAGAUGUUGAGGGCUGGCCUGGCUACAGUAUACGAGGCCAAAACAGGUGCCGAAUUUGGUACUGCUGAAGAAAAGUAUCGCGCUGCGGAAAAGAAGGCUCGUGAGAGCAAAGUUGGGAUGUGGGCGAAGCCGAGCUUUGCGCAAAGCACUGAGUCACCUGCCGCUCUCCGACAGCUGCGGGCAUUCACAAAGGUCGCGUCCGCAUUUAACAAGACACAGACCGCACCUAAUGCAGAGGCAUACCUGAAGAGCGGCGUCAUUUCCGGCGCGCAGGACCUUGUUGAUGUCAAGAAAGUCCUUGUCAUUGGUAGUGGUGGUCUCAGCAUUGGUCAAGCCGGAGAGUUUGACUACUCAGGUUCACAAGCACUCAAGGCCCUCAAGGAAGCUGGCGUCAAGUCCGUCCUUCUCAACCCCAAUAUUGCUACCAUCCAAACGUCCCACGUGCUCGCCGACGAAAUUUACUACUUGCCUGUAACACCCGAAUACGCCGAAUAUGUCAUUCAGAAGGAGAAGCCUGAUGGCAUUUUCCUCAGCUUCGGUGGACAGACUGCGCUGAACUUGGGUGUACAAAUGGAUGCCAAGGGCAUUUUCGAAAAGUAUGGUGUCAAGGUGCUCGGAACUAGCGUUCAGACUCUGAAGACCAGCGAGGACCGUGAUCUCUUCGCGCGCGCUCUUGAUGAGAUCAAUAUUCCCAUCGCCAAGUCGAUUGCUGUUUCCACUGUCGACGAAGCACUCGACGCGGCCGAGAAGGUCGGAUACCCUAUCAUCGUUCGCGCCGCGUAUGCGCUCGGUGGUCUCGGUUCUGGUUUCGCAAACAACCCGGAGGAGCUGAAGAAUCUGUCAGCCCGUUCGCUCACACUGUCACCUCAAAUCUUGGUUGAGAAGUCUCUCAAGGGCUGGAAGGAGGCCGAGUAUGAGGUCGUCCGUGACGCCAGCGACAACUGCAUCACAGUCUGCAACAUGGAGAACUUCGAUCCUCUUGGUGUACACACUGGUGACAGUAUCGUUGUCUCGCCAAGUCAGACAUUCAGCGACGAGGAAUACCACAUGCUCCGGUCUGCGUCCAUCAAGAUCGUCCGUCAUUUGGGAGUUGUUGGCGAAUGCAAUGUGCAAUACUGCCUACAGCCUGAUGGCCUCGACUACAGGGUCAUCGAAGUCAACGCCCGUCUCUCUCGUUCAUCUGCAUUGGCAUCCAAGGCAACUGGAUACCCUCUGGCAUACACUGCAGCAAAGAUCGGUCUCGGACACACCCUUCCCGAGCUGCCCAACGCCGUCACUAAGACCACCACUGCAAACUUUGAACCCUCUUUGGAUUACGUCGUCACCAAGAUGCCUCGAUGGGAUCUUAGCAAGUUCCAGAACGUCAAGCGCGACAUCGGCAGUUCCAUGAAGUCAGUCGGUGAGGUUAUGGCCAUCGGUCGCACAUUCGAGGAGUCAUUCCAGAAGGCUUGCCGUCAAGUCGACCCCAAGUACCUUGGUUUCCAGGGCGAGAAGUACGGAGAGAACCUUGACGAGGAACUCAAGAACCCCACCGAUCGCCGAUGGCUUGCCGUUGGUCAGGCGCUGUUCCACGAAGGCUACACUGUCGACAGGGUCCAUGACCUUACUAAGAUUGACAAGUGGUUCUUGCAUAAGCUUCAGAACAUCGUCGACCUCACACAUGAGCUUGAGGAGAUAGGUAGCUUGUUCGGACUCAAGAAGGAGAUUAUCCUCAAGGCCAAGAAGCUCGGUUUCUCUGACAAGCAGAUCGCCAAGGCUGUCAACAGCACUGAAGACGAGGUCCGCGCACGCAGGAAGAGCUUCGGCAUAAAGCCGUGGGUCAAGAAGAUCGAUACUCUGGCUGCUGAGUUCCCGGCGGACACUAACUAUCUUUACACAACCUACAACGCCUCGUCUCACGACGUCACCUUCGACGACCAUGGCGUUCUUGUCCUUGGAAGCGGUGUUUACAGGAUCGGAAGCUCAGUCGAAUUCGAUUGGUGUGCUGUCAACGCUACCCGCUCCCUCAACGCCCUCGGAAAGAAGACUGUCAUGAUCAACUACAACCCUGAGACAUACUCUACCGACUUCGACGUUGCCGACAAGCUGUACUUCGAGGAGCUUAGCUACGAGCGUGUCAUGGAUAUCUACGAAUUGGAGACUGCUAGCGGAGUUGUUGUUUCUGUCGGUGGUCAACUCCCUCAGAACAUUGCUCUUAAGCUUCAAGAGUCUGGAAAGGCCAAGGUCCUUGGAACUGAUCCUCAGGAUAUCGACAAGGCCGAAGAUCGCCACAAGUUCUCUUCCAUCUUGGACUCAAUCGGUGUUGACCAGCCCGCCUGGAAGGAGCUUACCUCAUACGAGGAUGCGAAGAAGUUCGCAAACUCUGUUGGCUACCCAGUUCUUGUUCGCCCAUCGUAUGUCCUGUCAGGUGCUGCCAUGACUGUCAUCCGCGGUGAGGAUGAGCUGAAGGAGAAGCUUCUUGCUGCUUCUAACGUCUCGCCCGACCACCCAGUCGUCAUCACUCAGUUUAUCGACGGCGCCCAAGAGAUCGACUGCGACGCUGUUGCUUCCAACGGAAACGUCCUUGUCCACGCUGUCAGUGAGCACGUCGAGAACGCCGGUGUUCACUCCGGAGACGCGACCUUGGUGCUUCCCCCUGUCAACCUCGACAAGCGCAUCCAAGAGCGUGUCAAGGAGAUCGCGGACAAGGUUGCCAAGGCUUGGAACAUCACUGGUCCCUUCAACAUGCAGAUCAUCAAGGAGGAGGUUGAGGGCUCCGAGCCCAACCUCAAGGUCAUUGAGUGCAACCUACGUGCCUCUCGAUCCUUCCCCUUCGUCAGCAAGGUCCUUGGUACCAACUUCAUUGAAGUUGCGACUAAGGCUCUCGUUGGUCGCGACGUGCCCGAACCGACUGACCUCAUGAGCGUCGAGAGGAACUACCUCGCCACCAAGGUUCCCCAGUUCUCCUGGACUAGGCUAGCGGGCGCUGACCCCUACCUUGGCGUUGAAAUGUCAUCCACUGGUGAAAUGGCCUGCUUCGGUAAGGACCUCGUUGAGGCCUACUGGGCUUCCGCACAGUCACAGAUGAACUUCCGCCUUCCCCAGCCCGGUGAGGGUCUUCUUUUCGGUGGUGAUGUCACACCUGGUUCGCUCCACUCCAACUCUCUUAUUCAGAUCGCCAAGUACGUACACGCACUAGGCUACAGAUUCCUUGCUGCCAACAAGGACGUAAAGGAACUUCUGGAGAAAAACACCGAAGGUAUUAGUGUUGAGGUCAUUGAGUUCCCCAAGGAUGACAAGAGGAAGCUCCGUGAGGUGUUCGAGAAGAACGACAUCCGUGGCUGCUUCAACUUGGCCAAGUACAGGGCGAGCGGUCUGUUCGACGAGGACUACGUAAUGAGGAGGAACGCAGUCGACUUUGGUGUACCGCUAUUCAUGGAGCCCAAGACUGCCGUUCUGUUCGCCCAAUGUAUGAGCGAGAAGCUGCCCAAGAAGGAAGGUAUCCCCAGUGAAGUCAGGUCAUGGAGCGACUUCGUUGGCGGUCGACCAUUGUAG